AUGUCUCCGCCCUUUGAAUCUCUUUUGUUUGCUGACGAUUUGAUUUUGGUCCAAGGCAUUUUACCCUUUGUUGGUGUUGGGCAGUAUGCUUUUAUUGGAGCUGUCAACAAAAAGAUGAAUCAACUGUACAAAGAGUACUGCAAAAUUGAACUCACCAAAAAUCCAAAAAAGGUAAAGGAUUAUGUGCAACUCGGCAAUCGCUCGGCGACCUCAACAGACACGCUUUACAGCGAAACAUUCUGUAACCAGCCACGUGCAGAAUACUGGCUCAAGGACAAUUCCAGACCCAAGAGACCUGAGCAUCGUUAUGUUUGCAGUGUCAUUGCCACAAUUGGAAAUCUUACUGUCAUGAAAUGGGCAUGA